AUGGAGCGACUCUGGGAGGACGUCACCUGCUCCAUCUGCCUGGAUGUCUUGGAUGACCCCGUCUCCAUCGAGUGCGGCCACAACUUCUGCCGGGGCUGCCUCAUGGCUCACUGGCACAUGGUCUCAGCCUGGAGGUCCCAGUGCCCUGAGUGCUGGGCUCCCUGUACCAGCGACAGGAUGGUCCCGGACACGCGGCUGAGAGCCCUGGUAGAGAAAAUCACAGCACCCCUGCAGGAAGAGAUGGACUCUGACCCUGCUCUCUCCCUGCAGCAGGGGCUGGGAGCUCAGCCAGAGCCAGGGCGCCCGGUGCAGCUGGUGCGUCUGGAACUGGAAGGGGACCUGAUCCUAGAUGAGGAGGCCCUGAACCGCUGCCUGGAGCAGGGUGGGGUUUGGGAUUCCCCCGUCUGCCUGGUCUCCAUCGUCGGGAAGCAGCGCCAGGGCAAAUCCUUCCUGAUGAACUGCCUGCUGCGCCGGCUCCAGCGCCCGGAGGCUGAGGACGCGUCCUGGAUGGGCCAAGAGGACGAGGUCCUGGUGGGGUUUGAGUGUUGUGCCGGGAUGGAGACCGUGACGAGGGGUGUGUGGAUGUGGGACCAGCCCCUCUGGGUCGAGGACCAAGGGAGGAAGGUGGCCGUGUUCCUGGUGGACACCGAGGGCUCCCUGGACCUGCAGCGCAGCAUGGAGACCAGCAUCAGGCUCUCCGUGUUCAGCAUAUUGCUCAGCUCCUACUGCAUUUUUAACAUUUCCAGCAACUUUACCCGGACGGAGGCAGAUUAUUUGGAGAUGUUCAUUCAGGUUGCAAGGGAGGUUGGCGAGACCUGCAAUCUACCCGCAAUUCAGCAUCUGGACCUGUUAGUGCGAGAUUGGCAGCCCUCCGGAGCUUAUGGUGUGGAUGGGGGGCAGGAGUAUCUCGGAGCCGUCACACAGGUUCACCAGGAGUAG